UCACGAUUGGUUGUGGAUUGGUUGUGGGAGGGCGAUGAAUGGUCACUCGCACUCACACACGCACUCACACACACUCACACUCACGCUGUCUCCCACGACACCAUUGACAAGCCACACGCAAGCCAUCCAUCCGUUGAAGGAGCAGUCACCUACCACUCUCGCAAACAUCAACACCAACGCACACACACACACACACACACACACACACACACACACACACACACACACACACAACCCACCGUUGGAGCUGGUUCGCUUGUGAUUGAAAGGUUGCCGCUGAAGCGGCAGCUGAGGCUGAGCUGAGUGGCAGCCAUCGCCAACGACAGCGACCCCUCCUCCCCCUCCCCUUCACCACCAUUACCAACCUCCUUGCUCCCCUCCUGCCCCCUCACCGCUAUCAUCCGCAGCACCACCCAUCAUGCCGGCGUCCACCAGCACAACAAAGCUGACUCUGCCAAGCAUACCAUGCAGGCGCAGUGCGCUCGUGUAUGCGUGCAUCCAGCUGGCGUGCGUGAUUGCAGCCAUCUUUCGGUACACACUGCCAUCCACCGUCUACCUCUGCGUGGCCGUGCUCGUCAUCCCCAUUCUCCUCACCACCUUUUUCUUCGGCAGCGAGCAGCACCAGCGCCGCCAGCACCAGGCGCAGCAGCUGCAACACAGCCUGCAGUUGCAGCAUCAGCAACUGCAAGAUGAGGCGCGGCAGCGGCAGCGAGAGCAGAAGCAGCGACGCAAGCGGCGGCAUCAACGACGCUCCCUUGCCUCGCAUGCAACGCGCACGUCAAGCGCCAAGCUCUCCAGUCGCCACCGGGACGGCAGUCAACAGCCAGGCGCAGCGCAGCAGCAGCCACAUGCUCGCCGACAACGACCGCGCAGCAAGAGCGAGGUGGUACCGCCACCCGAGAUGGAUGAGCUGCUGUCAACAGCAGCAUUGCAGCAGCAGCAGCAGCCCUUGUCUCGGAGCGAGUGUCCCCCGUCUGCAUCGGCACCGGCCAUCCCACAGCAGCAGCAACAGCAGCAGUCACACGUAACAGCAGGAGCAGCAGCAUCCGUGGCGGGGCGCCGGCAGAAGCGCCAUUCCAGCUCAACAUUUGCAACGCUCGACCAACUCGUGGAGCAGGGUGGUGACGAUGACGGUAAUGGCGGUGCAUCAUCGAGCCACUACCGCCAGCAGCACCACUACCAACAGCGGCAACAGUGCCACUCGCAGGCGUCAAACGCCACCACCACGCACAGCAGCAGCAACAAGAGCAAGGGCGAGGCUGUAUCCAUCCUGAUGGACAGCAUCGCUGCAGCCCAGCCACGGGACCAGCAGCAACCGCCACACGUCACGCACCUCGAAGCCCAGCAAGCGAUAGAAGCGGAAGAGGCAGCGGCGGCGGUGGCGGUGGAGGGUGAGGUGCACCCUUGCUGUGAGCACCGCCACCGCCAUCACGUCUAUCAACGCGCACUCCUCAUCUUCCUUCUCGCCUUCAGCGCGUGCAUGACAACGGCGAUGGUGUGCUUGCAGAUAUGGGCUGCCAGCACGAGCGAAGGCUACGCCAGCGCGCUCACCCCUGGCUCAACAACACAGGAAACGCUGCACCAGCUUGGGCUGCACACCUUCGCCGACCGUGCUGUGCACGACAUUCUGCGGCUCAUUCUCCCCGACGCGCUCGUGCUGGUUGUAUCUGCAGUGCUGUUCGCCAUGAGCCCGUCCCAGCGCCGGCUGCAGCAACAGGCUGUGCGGCAGCAGCGGCGUGACGCGCGCGUGAGCGAACGGCGACGCAAGCGCGAUGAGAGGCGCAGAAGGAAGCAGGAACAGCAACAGGACAGGGAGAAGGAACAGCAGCUGCAGCAGGAGGAGGAACAGGAGGAAGAGGGGAGGAAGAGCGGUGACGGUAAGAAUGGACGGGCAGGUGUGCACAAGAAGCGAAGCCACAGGCGACGCCGUGGCAGCGGUAACAGUGGCGGUAGCGAUGGCAGUGGCGGUGGCGGUGGAACUAGCUAUCGUCGAGCUCGCACGAAGAACAAGGCACCAAGCACAUCACAAGACACGAUGCAACAACCACCACAGCAGAUGCCAUUGCAAGCACCAUCCACGCAACAGCGAUCGUCAAAGAGCCAUCAGCCAAGUGUGAGCAACAGCAGCGAUGCUGGUGACGUUGCACACAUGCACACAUGCGCACGCUUCAGCGCCCUGUCCACCUCCAUGCCCCCCGCUGUCCCCACCACCACAUCUGCCAUGUCGGCAACAGCAGCAGCAGCGGCAGCAGCAUCGUCAUCGAGCCAUCAAAUACUCUCGCCCGUGCAUGAGGAAGAUGGAGUACCCAGCGCCAGUCACGCGAGCGUGGUGAGUUGGGGUAAGAGCAGCAGUGGUGUUGCGGGUGUGGAAUCAACAGAGUACACGUCGUACUCGGUGCACACAGUGGAGCGCCAUGGCUCCUCGUUUGCAUCGCAGCAUCCACGCUGGCUGCAGAACGUGCUCGUGCCUGUGGCCAUUGCUGCUGCCAACAUGCUGCCCAGUGCACUCAGUGCUGUGCAGACGGUGGUGGCGCUGGUGCUGCUGGUGGUGGUGCUGUCUCGCCAGAAGCACCGCUUGAAGGGACAUGCAGCCUUGCUGCACAGCGCUCUCAACAUCAUUGCAGCCAUCCAGCUCAUCCUCACCCACCUUGCACAGUUCAAGUGGGUGCAGCCGGGCAAUGAGGUGACGCUGCUUCGUGUCGGUGCACCACCGAUCUUCAUCCCGGACCAGAGCACGUUCUCCGGCAAACUUGACCUCAACCUGGACGCGAACGAGUGGCCGUAUCUCGCGUACCCGCUACUGUGUGUGCUGUAUGUGCUGCUGAACACGGCACUCGUUGUCAGGGCACUUGGCCCCCACGCGUGUGAGCUGCACACGACCAGCAGCAGCAGCAGUCACUUCAUACGCAGCGACGCUGGUGUGAAGACGGAAUCCCAGAGCUGUGGCAUGGACGGGCGUGGUGAUGGUGGUGAUGGUAGUGAUCAUGGUGGUGAUUACAAUGCUGAGUGCGUUCACAGCACCCAUACCAACACUGCAGCCGCACCCAGCAACGUCGACGACAACGGUGAUGGCAGCAGCAAGAGGAAAGGGCACAAGGGCUCGACGCGCCAAAGCCAAGGAAAGCGCUGGUCAGGCAUGUUUUCUCGCCACAGCCCACGCGUAUCCCCAUCACAGCUCAACGAUGAUGAUGGUGAUGAUAAUGAUGAUGAUGAUCAUAGAAUAUCCGGGGUGUUGGACUUUGCACGAGCAGAAGGUGAGCUUGGAGACCACCAGCAAGAAGAAGAACACGAACACCAUCAACACCAACACCACCACCACCACCACCAACAACAACAACAACAACAACAACAACAACAACAGCAGCAGCAGCAGCAGCAGCAGCAACACUAUCCCCAUCACCACCACCGCCAUCCACAGCACCUGCACUCGUGGCGAUCUGAUCCAACCGGUAAUCGGGAGCAGCCUGUGCCCAUGAUCACGCUCGAGACGUCAGUCGACGACACGGGGCGUGUUCGCCACCGCAUCCUCUCUCCGUCGUCGGCACCCCCAUCACCGCACUUUGGCAGUCACGCUGGUGAUAGCAGUGGUCGUGGUGAAGGCGUGCUUGGUGUCGGCGUGUGGCGUGCGGGCAGUGGAGACGAGAAUGACGAUGAAGCGGUCGAGAUAUUGGAUGUGGAUGAACUCAUGGGGCAGCCUGCGCAGCAAUCCCACCACCAGCACAGCGAUCACUCCCAACAGCGCCAACACCAGCACCAGCGCCACGACCUGCACCCCAUGCGAUUGGACAGCCGUUAUGAUGGCGGCGGCAACGAUGAUGGGGCGCCACGAAGCCAGAGUGCUCCCGCCUCUUUCGACCCUGAUGCUGAUGAUGUUGGUGAUGGACGAGCGGCCAAUGCGGAUGGUGAUGCGAGCCAUCAACGACAGCAUGGAGUGCAUGCACACACCAGCGAAGGUACAGCUGCAGAUGCUGCGUCGUCAUCAUCACCACCAUCAUCACACUCGCAGUCGCAGUCGCAGUCGCAGUCCACGCCCACGAGCUUGCUCGAGUCCCACAGCAACGGUCACGAAGGUUCAAAGCAUGAUGCAAGCACACCGGACGUCAGCGCCACGUGGCGGCAGUUUGUGUGCUUCCUCUACGUGUAUGUGUCCAUGCUGGUGUGGGCUGCCGCGUUUCCGUCGUGGCUGGGCCUUGGCUACCUCCUUGCCGUGAUGGCGUUUGCUCUCCUCCCACAACGCCUCUACCCUACACUUGUGCUCGUGCUCGCUGCGUACACCGCGCCCGUCUUUGUCGUCGAGUUUAUCUACGCCGUGCACAUGUCCCCACUCCAGCGGCAGAGUCUGAAACAGCUGACGGGGUCACCGCUCUCGUCCGAGUCUCGCAUCAUCGUUGCCCACUUGUUCAAGACCUCCGUCUGCGUCUGCAUCUGGCUGCUGGCGCGCUACCGUGAGAACUUGCGGCAAUUCCUCUCCUCCAGCCAAUCGUCCCGUAUUGAUCGCGCGCUUUACAAGCGCCCCAUCCUCGGUUGGCUCGCAGUCUCAAUCGUCAGCCACAUCUACAUCAUUGUGUUGAUUCUGAUCUACGUUGCGGCGCUGGGCGAAGUCACGAUUGUCAACGCCCUCUACCUCGUGUUUGCCAUCGCGUUUGUCACCAUCGGAGAAUGGGCGCGGCGGUACUGGCUUGUGCUGCUGCUGUAUGCGUGCAUGGUGGUGCUCCUGCAAUACCUGUGGGGAUUCUACUUUGUGCGUGGCGGAAAUGAGGACACAGCACUGCUGAUUGGCCUUGAUGAGAACUCCCAUGAGUCGUUCUAUCGUCACUCCUCCUUCAACAUCUUCAUCCUGGCGCUGUGCGUGGUGCAGCAGCACGUGUACGAGUAUUGGCACCAGCAUGAGCGCGUGUUCAGCCGGUUCACCGUGCGUCUCCGCCCACAGGCUGUGCGGGUUGUCAGCACGGCGUGGGGGCUCUUCGUGCUGCUUGUACUCAUUCUCUCCGGUAUGCUGGGCACGGGCGUGACGCUGAUCAAGCUCGGUUACGUGGCGUUCUUCUGCCUCAACUCGGUGUCCACCACCUCCACUCUCAUCCACGCGGCGUCGUGGUACCUCACCACCAUCUACUCUGCCGUCAUUAUGGUGGCCAAGUACAUUUACCAGUUUGAUGGCGUACAGACGGCGUUUGAGGACAACUUGUCCACCAACUGGCUGGACGACAUUGGUCUGCACACCACCUCCUCCCUCACCGCCCGCUUCACAUACGUGGCCCCCGCGUCGUUUGUGCUUGUCGUGAGUGCCAUCUAUCUUCGCCUUCUCCGCCUCGACAAAGCGCCCUCAGAGCCGUUUCCGCGCGACCGCGCGUCCUGGCGAAUGUUCCUCCGACUGCGCAAACUCGUGCACCGCGCCCUCGUCUUCGCCAUCGACAAAGUGUCGCUGUUCCUUGUGUUUGUGAGCACAACGGUACCGAACCAGACGCUGCUUGACAGUCUUACGGUCUUCUACCUUGGCGUUCUUCUCGUCUUUCCCGCUGCCCGCUACAAGACCUCCCUCGUCGUCUUCUUCAUACCUCUGUCACACAUGUUCCUCGGCUCUAGCAUGCACCAUAUUUCGUCCGAAAUGAUGCCUGUAUUGGAAUGGGAGCAGCUCGGGUUUCGCAACGUUGAGGGGGCGUUUUUCAAGGAAAUCCGCAUGUAUCUGUUUGCCGGCAUUUCACUCCUUCUCCAGCGCUACACCGUUCGCCUCAAGGAAUUCGCACUCAGUCAGCGCGAAGAGCGCACGCUGGACAAGACGCGGUCUGUGGCCGUAGCGCUGCUGCUGGCGGUUCGCUGGCGACGGCGGGCAAGAAUGGCGGCACAGCGGAGGAGGGAGCAGGAAGCACUCAUGGCCAAUCAUGAUGCUGUGCACACGCGUGAUGCGAAUGGGCAUCAGCAUGCACACGCGAGGCAGGGACAGGCGCGCGAAGAUGAUGCUCAGGUGCAUUCACCAAGGGGUCGCACGUCACCGUCGCUUCGAUGGCGCCGACACACACGUGAUGGUGGUACUGACCGAGGGACGAGCGCAGAUGCCCACGUCGACCAGCCAGCUCCGGCAACAACAACGACAACGACGACGACGACGGCAGGUGCAGCUGGCCACACACAUCCUACAGCAACGUCACCGUCGCCAGCAGCAGCAACAACAGCAGGGGAGACGAGUGCAGAACAGCCAGAGGCAGAGACCCCAUCGCCCACACCACCAACGCAACAACCACGCCAGCAGCAGCAAAGGGAAAGUGACGACCUUCAAGGAUACUACAACAGCAGCACCAACAACCGUUCACACCGCAUGACGGUCCACCACGCGGACAGAACACAGCUCUUCCGCAGGAAGGGCGAGGACCCCGUUGUACUGCAAGCGCUCCAGCUCGCUGGGCUGGAUGGCACCGUGGCAUCAUCCAUCGCCUACAGUCUCAAAUACUUCACUAUCCUCUAUGGCUUCGACAUUGUGCUGAUGUUGCUGGUGCUGACGAGCAUGGUGCGUGUGAACGUGCUGAGCAUCGCGUACAUGCUUCUCCUCAUCGAUUUCCUUCGGCGCCCGCCCAUCUUCCUCCAGCUCAUCAAGAAUGAUGAAAGUACUGCGUCGAUUCGCCACGAAGCAAACCAGCUGGUGACGGUGGAGAGGCCGCCAAUGGUGACCCGUCUCCGCGCGUGUGUCCUCGCCCUUGUGCUGUGCCUGUACUACCAGUACUUUGCUGUGCUUGGGCCACCGCCUGGCGACACAUACGCAACACAGAACGUCGGCAACCAGACUCUUGCCAUCCAGCGCUGGCUGUAUCUCCCACCGCUCUCAGAGCAGCCCAUGUUUGGUGUUCGCCGACGCAGCCCAGAGUCGUGGACUGCUGCCUCGGCCAUUUACGGUGACUUCAUCCUCAUUCUCUUCCUGAGUCUUCUCCUCGAAAAGCAUAUCCUUCUUCGUAACUCAAGGACCACCCUCUGGCGCUUCUUGCAACUGGAGAGUCCAAAGUACCGCUUGCCAGCGCCCGUGGACACACACGCGGAGGCGGAGAAGGCGAGGAGGCGAACAAAGCGGCUGAAGAAGAAGCAGCAGAAGAAGCAGAAGAAGAUGGAACGGAAAGAAAAGGAGCAACGGAAGCAGCUUGCCAGGCAGUCGCGCCGUACACACGAGCACUUGCAGAAGCAGAUUGCAAAAGGCCGCCUGUCCCUGCCCGGCAUGCAUGACGGAAGCAAACAUGACGGAGGAGCAACCACGCCUGCAGCUCCAAUUGCUGGUGCUGAUGAGGACACACGUGCCGGAUCUGUGCGGGGCAGAGGCAUUGGUGGGCUGAUGGGACGCGUCAUGACCAGGAGCCGCCGCACACGCGCGAGUGACGCACAAGACCCGACAACUACCGCAGCAACAGCAGCAGCAACAGCAGCAGCAACAGCCACAACAAAACCGCCAACAACAACACCAGCAGCAGCAGCAACAACAGAAUCAGCGGGUGGCGAUGGUACCGCGUCCGAGAAAGCGUUGGCGCUGGUGGAAACCGCACCGGCCCCUCAUGACGCGUCCACGCCCACUCGCGACAGUGACGAGCAACAACAAACCCAAGCGGCGGAAAAGAGGCCGAGGCUUCCACACAGUAUUGUCCCGCUGAUCAAGAAGUGGACCAUCAGCUCGUCGCCUGGCCUGUACAGCCUGUUUCUCAUGCUGGCCACGGCAACACGCAACGACCUGACGUGCCUGGUGUACUUGGGCGUGCUUGCGCACCUCCUCAUCAACUACUUCCGCACCAUCACAGAGAAAGAGCGCAUGUGGCGCAUGUGGAAGGUGCAGAUCUCUGCCGUGCUCAUCGUCAUCUCCCUGCGCCUGCUGUGGUCCCUACCGGCUGUUGUCCUCGACUUCUCCCCCUCGGCACUCGACGCUGUCCAGGCGUUUGGGUUGCGCUUCGGCACGGGCUUCAUCCUCACGCCCACGGACGAGCGGCUGGGCAUCUGGACCGCAAACGAAGGCCUGCUAUUUGACUUUCUCGCCCUGGUGGUGGCCAUUGUGCAGCGGCGCAUCAUGCUCACGCCGACAGCCAUCCGCCACGUGCGCGAUUCGCGUUUGAAACGCAUUCGCCGGCAGCUGCGGGGCUCGAGGCUGGAGGUGAGCAUGCUUCGUGAAGCCUCCCAUCGCCAGCAGAAGCGUUUGGAACGCAUUCAGCGCAUUGAGCAGACACUCCUGCACGUGCAAGACAUUUUGGCGGACAAGUCCAACGCCGGGCAGGUGGGCAGCCCAGACGUGGUGAGCGCGUUCUUUGCCGACCUGGGCGACCUUGAGCUUGCACUGGACCCUGAGACGACGGAGGCGAAGGAAGAAUUGGCAGAGGCGCUGGAGCAGGGCGAAGAGGAGGAGCAAGAGAGGACACACGAGGAUGAUGUCAUUGCAGCUGUUGCUGGCGGUCCUGUUGUGGACGAGAGCGGUGAGGAUGAGGAGGAUGGGGACAGCGAGGUCGGCGCUGGUGGUGGUGGUGGUGACGAGGAGGAGGUGGUCGUGCGAAGGGAAAACGAAGAUGGCGAUGACGAUGAUGAGGGCGAUGCGAGCGGUGCGGAGUUGGAAGUCGUCACUGUGGGUGGUGAUACGCAUGGCGAUGAUGAAGGGCGUGUAUCCGCGGCUGGCCAACAGCGAGCUGGGCGCCACCUCGGCCCACGCCAGCCACCAUCCCCGGCCACACGCAGCUCCCUCAAUGCGUUCUUCGAAGAGAACCGCAACCGUCGUCUCCAGCAGCAACAGGAGCAGCAAGAGCGUCGCAGACAGCGCGGGCGGUCACGAGGUCAUUCACAGUCGAGCACAACCACGAACACGCUCACCAACCGCACGGCGACAACGGUGAGCCAGUCGUCAAGCUCUCACCGCGAGCGUGUGCGGGAUGCGCUAAUGCAAGAGAUUCUCGAGUUCCAUCAGGACUCGCAGUCCAGCACACACCUCACCCCGUUUGGCCAGUAUCGCCACCCACGCGCACGUGGCGGUGACGAUGGUGUUGGCCGCGCAUCCCGCAGCACAUCGCGUGUUGGGCGCAGUGCUGUGAGGGGCGAGUCGGAGAGCGUGACGCGCCCACAGCUGCGAGCGGCAUCACACGCACCGUCACCACUCCGCAUGACAAGCGUGCCGAGUCGACACAGGACAGGCAGCGAACAACAGCAACCGCAAGAAGAGACGGGCAGGCGUGGUCGGGGAAGGUGGGCAGGCACGCCGCGUGGUGAAGCGCGUGGUGUGGCGAGCGACGAGGAUGAUGGUGGCCACGCUGGUGAUCUUAUUGCUGGUGGAGAACGCACGAGGGGGAGUGAUGUCGUGAGGAGCGAGGGAGAGGAGACGGUGACGAGUGAAAGGGACAACUACUUCACGGAAGCAACGGAGGAAGAUUGGAACGAGGUUGGAGAAGUGAGCGAGGCAGAGCAGGAAGCGGAGCAGGUGGAACAUGGCGAAGGGAAGGCCGCAUCUGACGACGAAGAGGCAAAGGACAAGAAGAAGGACGAAGAAGAAGGCGAGAAGAAGAAGAAGAAGAAGAAGCAGCCAGGCUUGGUUGCCAAGGCGUUUCUGCUGUUGUAUCGCAGCAAUGAAACGUUUCGACGUCGUCUUCGUCUUGGCCGCCGCCGCCGCACCGCCGCGUCAAAUAUCCUGCUCGCCGGCACAUGCGCAGACGUCAGGGUCUCCCCACGCAUGUUUGGCAAGGAGCUGCUGUACUACAUACGGCGGCACACUGCAAUCCCGUGCUUCUUGAUGAUGGCCAUCAUUCCGUUCACCCACGCCGACCUGAUCUCGCUCGUGUACCCCCUGCUCAUCUUCAUGUGGGGUCUGCUGGACCACCCGCAGCCGUCGCGUCUCUUCUGGACAACAACCCUCGUCUUCACCGUGGUGCAAGUGAUGGUGCGGUACAUGUUCAACUUCACGUUCUGGGGCGACUUCAACGCCCCCUCGUCAUUCUGCGAGGGCCAGUCCUUCCACCGCUCGUGCGAUGCUGCCACGCUUCUGGUUGGCAUCCAGCGUGACCCAUCGCAGCCACGCCCCUCUGCCGUCCACCUCAUCCCAGACUUUUUCCUCUUUGGAAUCCUCUGCCUGCACAAACUCUCGCUCGAGUCCCUUGGGCUUUGGAGGGCGUCGCUGUUCACGGACGGAAGCAAAGCGGAGGUGGACAAGGCGCGGGAUCAGGUGGUGCAGGCCACGCUGUCAUACGCACGGCUGCGCAACAACCACCGCCCCGCACGGCGACAGCGACAACGACAACAGGCGGGUGGAGGGCCAGAGAACUUGCAGCAGGCGUUGGUAAGCAUUGACAGCGACAACAGCAGCAGCAGCAGCAGCAGCAGUGAUGACAGUGUCAACAGCGAGCAUGAUGACAGCAAUGUGGGUGCUGGUGGACACACGGACCGCAACACCAGUAGCCAUGGUGGUCGUACACAGCGCGACAGAGGUGCACACGCAGGCGGUAGCUCAACAUCAACGACAAAGGCAAAGGCCUCCACUCGCCCGAAUGACGACAGCUUCGUUGUUGUGAUUGGCGAGGGUGUGCACGCCAAUGACAACACCGCCACCACCACGGACACCGAGAGUGAUGAUGAUGACGACGGCGACGAUGGGCAUGAUAAGCGUGGUGAUGACGACGCCGCGCCGCAUCAACAACAUGGACACGAACGUCCUCGCAGCGACCCCCGUCCGCAACGCCGCCACCGCCGCCGACACGGCCACAGUGACACCACCGCACCCCAUCAUGACAGCGAAGCAGACGGCGGCAUCACGAACCGUCCAGACCAUGAUGAUGAUGAUGAUGAUGAUGAUGAUGAUGGUGAUUACGACGAUGAUGACGACGACUACAGCGAUGACAGCAGCCACGACGGUCGGGGGAACGACGAUGGUGACGAAGACCGUGAUGAUGAUGAUGACAACAACAACGACAACAAUGAUGUUGACGACGCCAACGGCCCUCAUGCACGCACGCGGGGUGAGCGGAAGCAGCUGCGGCGACAGCGGUUGAACGAUGAACUGUCGAAUUUGGAACUGCAGGUGAACAAGCGCAUCAACGCCCGGGCUGCGCGGUCAACAUUUCAACGCAUCCAACACUUCUUCCACAAGCUGCUGUAUGCAGAGGGCAGGGCCUCGCACGACUUUUACAUUGUCCACUUCAGCACCUCGCUGAUUGCGCUGUUGCUGACGGCUGGUGGGUGGAACGCCUUCCAAGCGAGGGACGCACGCUCAGCAUCAGCAAGCUCCGUGGUGACGGAGAACCAGAUCCCGUACCAGCUCCUGCUCACGCUUCUCACGCAGUUUGUGGUGAUUGUGCUGGACCGCAUCUUCUACCUGACGAAGAAGAACAUGGCAAAACUGUGCCUGCACAUCUUCUGGUUCCUUGUGGUGCACGUGUACAUCUUUGUUGUGCUGCCGCUGACGACGGACCGCGCCUUCUCCGACAACGGAAUCGUCAUUGCCAUUUAUCUGUUGCAGUGCGUGUACCUCUUCGCCUCUGCGCUGCAGCUCAAGUUUGGGUACCCGCACGUUGUUCUCGGCAACGCGCUCACCCGCCACGCCAACUCGGUCGGAUACGUGUUCUUCGUCAUCUACCGCGCCAUCCCCUUCUUGCACGAGCUGCGCGUGAUUCUGGACUGGACAUACACGCCGACGACGGUUGAGUUCCGGCGAUGGGUUCAGAUUGAUGACCUGUAUCUGCAGCUGUACAACAACAAGUUCUUUCUCGGCCGCCGGCUCAAGUUCUGGGUGAAGCGGGGCGGGUUUGGCAAGCGGCAAAUCUUUGCGCAGAAGUGUCUUGUUGGCUUCCUGUUCUCCCUCGGCCUGCUGCUUGUGAUUUGGCUGCCGCUGAUCCUGCUCGCCAUCUUUGCCAACUCCACCACGUCCACGCCGCCAGCGGAGCUGCAGCUGUCCUUUGCACCGCUGGGCACACCGGACCUGUACACCCGCCACGCCCCCGUGAUUGCAGACGCACCGCUGCCAGAUUACGUGGACGCGCAGUUGUCGGCCUCGCCAGCUGUGCGCGGGUUUGUGUCUGAUUUCCCGGACGAGGGCGACAUACAGCACGUGGUGUUUGCGAGCGAGAGUGAGCAGCUUUCGGUUGAAGCAGACGUCGUGAGCGCAUCGCUGCAGGCGCAGUUGGCAGCCGGGAAGCCGGGGCGGCUGUAUCUGGGGAUGACAGCACGAAAGCAAGGGUCAUCCCCGCCCAAGAUGGACACGCGCAGCGUGCUCACGACGCGGCUGACCAUGGAAACGACACAGGCGCUCGUGAAUGUGCUGACAAACGCCACUGGUGCCGGCAACAGCGUUGUGGUCCCGGCUGCGUUUCCGUCGUAUGUUGUGGUCAACUUUGCCGACCGCACCAUAUCCGAGGAUGGGGUGCCCUCUGAACUGCAGCAGCGGCUCAACCUCACGCUCACGCUCCUCAGCACAGCCGCUUCCACGGGCCAGACAUACUGGGGCGCCGAGGUCACCCUGACGAACGGCACGGUGACACCACCGCGUGUGACCGUGUUCAGCAAACGCCAGCUCGUGGGUGUGCUUGAGUUCCUGGCGGGCUUUGGCAUUGUCGGUUUGUAUGUGUCCGUUGUGCUCGUGAUCGGACGUCUGGUCCGCACGGGCAUGAAGGGGGUGCACACGCAGAUUGCGUUUACGGAAAUGCCAACAGUGGAUGCACUGCAAGGGCUGUGCCACGCCAUCUUCCUUGCACGCGAGCACCAGAAGCUGGAGGUUGAAGAACAUUUAUCGAUGCUGCUGCUUGAGAUCUAUCGCCUGCCCACGGCACUGCGGCAGUGGUCGGGAUCGCUGCUCAACAAGGAGCUCAUGACGAGCCAGCUCGAUGACCCAAGAUACAACCCGGCACUCAGGAAUGAGUGAUGGUGACAAUGGGAAAGAGGGACGGGGAACAUGCAGGGAUGGAGGAAGGACAGCAGUUGUUGAUUGAGUUGGAUGCGUGAGUGAAUGUGUGUGUGUGUGUGUGUGUGUGUGUGUGUGUGUGUGUGUG